ACGCCUCACACACCAGUUGAUGAGCUUGGGAGUACAGUGGAGUCAGUGUCUCUCCUGGAGUCUGAAUUUAGCCCCUUCAUCUCUUCUCUGGAUCUCCUCCCUUCUAACCUCUGCCUCAAGCCCACUAAUGCCCUAUAUCUUUCCUCCUCUUCAUCGUCAAUUUCUCUUAAGAGGCUCGCUUCUCAUAUGUGCGGAUGAAAUAUCUUUUCUUUUCCUGGUUGGUGGUUUUUGUUGGAAGCUGGAUUAUAUAUGUGCAGUAUUCUACUUAUACAGAACUAUGCAGAGGAAAGGACUGUAAGAAAAUAAUAUGUGACAAGUACAAGACUGGAGUUAUUGAUGGGCCCGCAUGUAAUAGUCUUUGCGUUACAGAAACUCUUUACUUUGGAAAAUGCUUAUCCACCAAGCCCAACAAUCAGAUGUAUUUAGGGAUUUGGGAUAAUCUACCAGGUGUUGUGAAAUGUCAGAUGGAACAAGCACUGAAUCUUGAUUUUGGAACUGAACUGGAACCAAGAAAAGAGAUAGUGCUAUUUGAUAAGCCAACUAGGGGAACUACUGUACAGAAAUUCAAAGAAAUGGUUUACAGUCUCUUUAAGGCGAAGUUGGGUGACCAAGGAAACCUCUCUGAACUGGUUAAUCUCAUCUUGACAGUAGCUGAUGGAGACAAAGACGGCCAGGUUUCCUUGGGAGAAGCAAAGUCAGCAUGGGCGCUUCUUCAAUUAAAUGAAUUUCUUCUCAUGGUGAUACUUCAAGAUAAAGAGCAUACCCCCAAAUUAAUGGGAUUCUGUGGUGAUCUCUAUGUGAUGGAAAGUGUUGAAUAUACCUCUCUUUAUGGAAUAAGCCUUCCGUGGGUUAUUGAACUUUUUAUUCCGUCUGGGUUCAGAAGAAGCAUGGAUCAGUUGUUCACACCAUCAUGGCCUAGAAAAGCUAAAAUAGCCAUAGGACUUCUAGAAUUUGUGGAAGAUGUUUUCCAUGGCCCCUAUGGAAACUUCCUCAUGUGUGAUACUAGUGCCAAAAACCUAGGAUAUAAUGAUAAAUAUGAUUUGAAAAUGGUGGAUAUGAGAAAAAUUGUGCCAGAGACAAACCUGAAAGAACUUAUUAAGGAUCGUCACUGCGAGUCUGAUUUGGACUGCGUCUAUGGCACGGAUUGUAGAACUAGCUGUGAUCAGAGUACAAUGAAGUGUACUUCAGUAGUGAUACAACCAAACUUGGCUAAAGCCUGUCAGUUACUCAAAGACUACCUACUGCGUGGUGCUCCAGGUGAAAUUCGUGAAGAAUUAGAAAAGCAGCUUUAUUCUUGUAUUGCUCUCAAAGUCACAGCAAAUCAAAUGGAAAUGGAACAUUCUUUGAUACUAAAUAAUCUAAAAACAUUAUUGUGGAAGAAAAUUUCCUACACAAAUGACUCUUAGUUCAUUUAGACAUUGUCACCAAUGUAGGAAACUUAACAACUUCUGAACAACUUGAGCAUUUUAAAAAAUGGCUUCUGAUUCAGAGUUCCCUGCCAGAUACACAAAGCCCCUUACCCCUGGGCCUAAGAAUCCAUCAUCUGAAGUAAAACACAUGAUUACUGAAGUAAAAACUGGAGGUUUAGGAUGAACAGGUCCAAGAUUUCAUUCCUGUCCUUUCAGAAGCCCUGUUGCAUUUCCCAAGUACGUUCACUGUGUAACUGUUUUUGACUAAUGACUUAAAAAAAAAUAAUGCUGUGUAAAACCUCAUUCCAUAAACAUCAACAGUGAGUUUUGUAGAUUUGUUAGCCAAAAUACCAUUGCAGGAAACAUUUGUGUUUGCAUUGAAGCUGCUGUUUCAAAAUGAUUUAUACACAAAUUUACUAAUGUCUUAGCAUGGUAAAGUUUGCACAUUAACAGAAAUUAAGACUACAAAGCAGGUAAAUUAAAACUACUCCUUUAUAAACAGAUGUUGGGUUAAUAGCAUGGUUUAUUGUAUUAUAGACUUCUUAUGCACACAUUUUUAACCUCAUUCAGACCUCACAUUAUCAGAAUGUUUCCUAGAGUGGCUUCACGAAGUGUUCUACUUUGACAAUAUGCAAUUGCCAGUUUUAGUGGCUGAAAAUGGAUGAACUUUCAGAACCCUAAAGAUGUGAAGGGUCCAUCUUAGUAUCAACCAGCCAACUAAUCCAGAUCCUUGUAUUCUGAAUGUGAGAUAUGGAGAAAGUGGGACUACAAGAGCAGGACUGAAAUAAGUCGUAGAAAACAGUUCAGUAAUAAUUUUCCAUUUCCAAACAGUAUUUCCUGUGGGUCAAAGGGCUGUUUCUUCAAGAGGCAUGUAAAUUUAGUAACACUUUUUCCUAUGUAAAAUCAAUAUACAAGGUUUAAUAUUUGCUCCUUUCAUGUUAUUUGUCUAUGUAUAUUAAGAUCUGGCAUGUACCUUUCAACAUCUCCAUAAGAUGAAACACCUCCUUUUGGAGAAAAGCCCCAGUAUUUUCUGCCCCAAGGUUUCACCUGGUUAAAGUGAAAUGUGUUAAAUCUAUGUGACCUUCACUAGACAGCUUUCUCUCAAAAAUUAUUUAAGCCAUGGAUUAGCACCAGUUGUUUUAAAACUGUAUACUUUGAAGGUACUUUUUCUUCCCAUCAGUCAUCUGGUUAUAAUAAAUGGAUAGAAGAAAUA